GAUCUCUGGUGCUGUGUUCAGUACCACUUGCUUGCCAAUCACUCCCAAAACGGAACUCAGACUCAGCGGAAACGGUCAACACCAACUUCACCCUCCACAAACCAUUAUCUUUACCUUCAUCUUCAUCUUCUCAUCAGUCCUCAUGCUCACGAACCCUUCUCGUCAAGUCCUCCUACGGACCCAGCAACUUCUUCGAUCCUCCAAGCCCACCCCCCGACUACUCUCUUCUCGUCAUCCCACAUCAGCUCUUCAACGUGCCUUCUCCAGCCAUCCAAUCGCUCGAUCUCAGGAUGGAGAACCUCAGCCCACUUCCUUAUAUACAUUCACCGAGGAUGAGUCGAUGCUCAAAGAUCUGGCCCAAAGGUUUGCUGAAGAAGUUGUCGCCCCAAAGGUGAGAGAGAUGGAUGAAAAGGAAACAAUGGAUCCGGAGAUCAUCAAGGGCCUAUUUGAUAACGGGUUUAUGGGAAUCGAAACAUCUCAAGAACAUGGUGGCUCGGGCGCUUCGUUUACUUCAGCGAUACUAGUGAUCGAAGAACUCGCCAAAGUAGACCCAUCAGUCUCAUUGAUCUGUGACGUACACAACACGAUUGCCAAUACGACCAUCCGAAACUACGCCUCCAAGGCGCUCUUGGACAAAUAUAUGCCCGACCUCUCGACCUCCAAAGUCGCUUGUUUCUGUCUUAGCGAACCUGCGAGCGGUUCAGAUGCGUUCGCAUUGGCUACUCGGGCGACCAAAGACUCCAAUGGUGAUUAUAUCAUCAAUGGGAGUAAGAUGUGGAUCACUAACAGUAAGGAAGCCGAGAUCUUCGUUGUAUUUGCAAAUCUCGAUCCAAGUAAAGGCUACAAGGGGAUCAGUUGUUUCUUGUUGGAGAAGAGCAUGGGUGUCGAGAUUGCUAAGAAGGAAGAAAAAUUAGGCAUCAAAGCCUCCUCGACCUGUACUUUGAAUUUCGAUAAUGUUAAGGUCCCAAAGGAGAAUCUGAUUGGUCAAGAGGGUCUGGGAUACAAAUAUGCCAUCGAAAUCUUGAAUGAGGGCAGAAUCGGAAUCGCUGCUCAGAUGGUCGGCUUGGCUCAAGGUGCAUUUGACAAGGCCGUCAAAUACACCUAUCAACGCAAGCAAUUUGGAAAACCGGUUGGAGAGUUCCAAGGAAUGCAAUUUCAGUUUGCCGAUGUUCAUACGGAGAUAGAAGCCGCAAGGAUGUUGACUUACAACGCGGCCCGAUUGAAGGAGGAAGGCAAGCCAUUCACAGAGAUGGCAGCCAUGGCCAAAUUGUUUUCGUCUCAAGUUGCCCAAAACGCUAGUGGAAGUGCUAUCGAGUGGUGUGGAGGAGUCGGUUUUACUCGAGAAACUGGAAUCGAAAAAUAUUGGCGAGACUCCAAGAUUGGUGCAAUAUACGAGGGGUCUUCUAACAUCCAACGACAAACUUUGGCCAAGUUCAUUCAAAAACGACUUAGUUAAGAAGUUCACUCGGAGUGGCCUUUCAAAUAGGGCGUUCUCGUUCCAGCAGAUUCAUAUUGCUUGUCGCGUCAAAUCGUCAAUUUGAGAUUCUGGAGUCACAAUCAUUCUUCAGAUAACACUUUGUUAGUAUAAGUUCAUAGCUACCAAAACAUCACCAUGAGCAUUUUAUUUCUUUUUUUUUAUCGCAAAUCGUCUCGCAUCAUUGGUUUAUACACAUCAACGCAAUUUCUUUUAAAUACUUCUGACCUUUAAAGCUUGGGUAAACCGCCUUUUUU